UUUUCUUUUUUCCUUUUUUUUAACUUUUCGUUAUGACUACACGGCCUCGAGAAGACAACUAUUCAAGGGAUACGAAAAGACAAAGAACAAACCAAAACAUAUUUCGAAUAAAAUCAAACGAAUUUUAUGAAGGAACAUUUCCAGUCUAUAAACAACCUCAAGAGUUCACUUCCUAUAGUAUUGAUCGCCAAAGACGCGUUUGGUUUGAUAAUAGAGAAAUGAAAUAUUAUUACCCGCCUACAAGUGAGAAAAAAGAUUUAAAUGGAGGCUAUGAAGAUAGAAUACAGAGAGAUGAAAGUAUUCCCGAGCAUAUUGAUACAUUGUUGGAUGCGAUUACUCAUGCUAAGGAGGAUCUGUCGGUCGAUAUCGUUACAUGGCGAGGUAUUCUGACAAAGAUUCUGUGUACACCUUAUUCAAGAAAGGAACCUUGGGAAUUCCGUGCGACACGAUACAAAGAUACGAUUUAUAUAGAAGAACAAGUAACUGAAGAGAAAAAGAGACAAGAAAGUCAGGCUACAGAUAGGCAAAAACGCAUGAGCUAUUGGGGAUAUCGAUUUGAGACAUUAUGUACAGUGCCUAAGCCACCUCAUUUAGUCCUAAAAAGUGACCUUGAGAAAAGAAUGACCGAGACUGUGAAUACAAAUAUUCAGUACUGUAUUGUGGUCAAGACCAAAUUGGGUAAUAAUUCAAUUAUGAUGGGUGCCGAAGUAGAUUGCUGUCGAGAUGUCAAACCAGAGGAUCCAUUAAAGCAACCCAAUAAUUAUAUUGAAUUAAAGACAUCAAGGAUAAUAGAGACAGAUAGACAACAAUUUUCGUUUGAAAGAUAUAAACUAUUGAAAUUCUGGGCACAGUCUUUUUUAGUAGGUGUGCCUCGUAUUAUUUGUGGCUUUCGAAAUGAUGAAGGUCAUGUUCUUGAUAUUCAACAAUUCAAGACAAUGGAAAUACCUCGCUUAGUCAGAGAUAAAAACACUUGGAACCCAUCUGUUUGUUUGAAUUUUGCAGACAAAGUAUUAAAUUGGAUCAAGUCAAGUAUUACAAAAAGUGAUGCAACUGUCACUUAUUCAAUACAAUACAAUUAUCCAUUUGAAGAAAUUAAAUUAGAGUGCACAGGCCAUGCACAUGUAUUUUUAACACAAAGGUUUUUAGAUGGUACAAUUCAACACGAAAUUGGAGGUCCACGGGCAAACGGACUUUUAUGAUCUAAAUGGCCAUGUUUCAUGAUGCCUAGAAGUAGUGGCUUAUAAAGUAAAGACACACAUUUCUUUACUUUGUUUAAACACAUGGUUUCUUUAUUUAUCAAUAAAAACAACAUGGCAACAAAGAAAAAGAAAAACGCGUCGUGUUGAUGCAGUAAAC